GUCGUCAUCUCCGAGCGCCGCAGCCCCAAUGGUUGCUAGGCAACGAGCUACACAGCAACUGGCAACUGGGAAAUACAUGGUCACCUCCUCUCUGAGGUCCCAUCUCCGCACCUGAGCCGUGAGUGAGUGCAAUGAGUAAAAGCUCGGCCCUUACACGUGGGGGGCGUGAGGCCACAGCCCAGAGCACGUCACGGGCCGCUCAAUCCAAGUCUCGCGCUGAGAAGUCUCGCACUGCCGCUGCGGCCCCCCAUCCUCAGGUGUCAGUGGAAAUUGUGCCGGGUCGUUUCACAGAAGAUGAUUGGACAUCACUGCUGGUGCAAGAAGAUGGGGAAGAAGUAGUGGGAGAGAUUGUGGAGUCUUUGCUUUCUGUUGUAAUGGAGAAAUGUUUUAAUAUCUACCUAUCCCGGCAGGUAAUUCCUUACACCAUUCGCCAAGCCCGGGAUGCCAUCGUUCAGAUCACGGAGUGGGCCUUUGUGCCCAGAGAUGAGGGGGAAGCCGAGGCGGCCAAUACAUGGCAGGAUAUGGAAGAGCCCCAACCUUGCACCACUGACUCCUGGGCACAGGGCUGUGUCCCCGUCAUCCCCCCCGCCCCAAGCCCACGUUGUGGGGAUACACAGGUACCACAGAGGGGCAGAAAUACUGUAUAUAGAGCUGUACAUGAUGGUAGUGAUAUUCCCAUGAUUCCCCUCCCUUCCCUUACACAGGCGGCUGUGGUUGAAUCCAUCUCCGAUACUCAGGAACCAACGUCCGAUGAAGCUUCCUCCCAACCGGUCACAGACUGCAGCUCAGAGCCAUCACAGUCACCGGCACAUGAUCAGCCCAAUGAAACCAAUAACAUGGCCCCCACAGCCCCCAAGGAACCUCAGGUUCUCCUACAGCCAACGCCACCUACUCAUGCCCCGCAGAGGAAGGUACCCUAUCGGCCGUACCACGGGCCUCUCCGUUCUGCCGGCGUAAGAAACAUCACUAAGUCUCUUGAUGAUACAGAGAAGGAGAUGUUGAUGGAACAGCUGGCCAAAAUGAGGGAAGAGGAUGAGGAUGAUAGAGACUUCCAGCUUCUCCCCACCUCACUGCACAACAUCCUAAAGAUCCAGCUGGGGAGGCCACCGCAGAAGAAAGGAGUCAUCUAUGAUGAUACUGGCAAUGUCCUCUGUGUGCCAAAACUUGACCCUUCCAGGCUUCCACGGCACAGCAUAUGCCCACGGGUGGAACUGAUGGACUCUAUGAAAGAGGCGGAGCACAAGGUGAAGCGACCCAGGCGUACGGGAAGAGCUCAGCUUCCUAAGGCAGACAAGAGGCAACGAGAGAAAGAGACCGCUAGACCCAAUCCAAACUGUAGUGUCCAGAUCACCCCAACACCCACUGACCCACCCCAACUCAUACAGGGUAGGGUAACAUUUAAUCCAUACACCCUCGGCAGCUCCACCCCGGCACAGGAUUGCAGUCCCCUCCCACUCUCAGCUGGUAUCCCUCUGAAUGCCAUGCGUCUGUCCCAUGGGGUCAUACUGCGAGACGGUAACAGCACCGAGAGAGGGUACGGCCUACAGAAGAGGGACCCCAUAGAGAGAAGCAGGGAGCUAAAGCCAAUACAAGCUUCAGUCACACUUCCCAGAAUCCCUGUGGAGCAGCUCAUCAAAGACCACACCCCUUAUGUACGCCCACCACCCACCUUUAUUUCUUAUUAAUGCUUUAAAAGCCACACCCCUUAUGUGUGCCCACCAAUCACCUUUAUUUCCUAUUAAUGCUUUAAAAGCCACACCCCUUAGGUGUGCCCCCUACCUAGCAUGUUUCAUAUCUAUCAGUGCCUCAGAAGCCACACCCCUCAUGUGUGCCCCCUACCUAGCAUGUUUCAUUAUUUCUUAUCAGUGCCCCAGAAGCCUCACCCCUCAUGUGUGCCCCCUACCUAGCAUGUUUCAUUAUUUCUUAUCAGUGCCCCAGAAGCCUCACCCCUCAUGUGUGCCCCCUACCUAGCAUGUUUCAUUAUUUCUUAUCAGUGCCCCAGAAGCCACACCCCUCAUGUGUGCCCCCUACCUAGCAUGUUUCAUUAUUUCUUAUCAGUGCCCCAGAAGCCUCACCCCUCAUGUGUGCCCCCUACCUAGCAUGUUUCAUAUCUAUCAGUGCCUCAGAAGCCACACCCCUCAUGUGUGCCCCCUACCUAGCAUGUUUCAUUAUUUCUUAUCAGUGCCCCAGAAGCCUCACCCCUCAUGUGUGCCCCCUACCUAGCAUGUUUCAUUAUUUCUUAUCAGUGCCCCAGAAGCCUCACCCCUCAUGUGUGCCCCCUACCUAGCAUGUUUCAUAUCUAUCAGUGCCUCAGAAGCCACACCCCUCAUGUGUGCCCCCUACCUAGCAUGUUUCAUUAUUUCUUAUCAGUGCCCCAGAAGCCUCACCCCUCAUGUGUGCCCCCUACCUAGCAUGUUUCAUAUCUAUCAGUGCCUCAGAAGCCACACCCCUCAUGUGUGCCCCCUACCUAGCAUGUUUCAUUAUUUCUCAUCAGUGCCCCAGAAGCCACACCCCUCAUGUGUGCCCCCUACCUAGCAUGUUUCAUUAUUUCUCAUCAGUGCCUCAGAAGCCCCGCCCCUCAUGUGUGCCCCCUACCUAGCAUGUUUCAUUAUUUCUCAUCAGUGCCUCAGAAGCCCCGCCCCUCAUGUGUGCCCCCUACCUAGCAUGUUUCAUUAUUUCUCAUCAGUGCCCCAGAAGCCCCGCCCCUCAUCUUUAUUACAGUAAUGAGCUGAUUGCUAAUUAUUUACUUUUUAUUCAAAUGAACAUAAUCCUCAGUAACAAUGUGAUGAGUUAUUUCUUGUUUUAUCAGCCUGUCAUGUGAUCACUUGGUUGAUUUUUGAGGUCAGACGAUCCUGUGAUGUCACCAAUCAGUGAUGUAAUAGUUCCUGGGUGCAGGGAUUCAUGAUAGCCUUGGGGCAGUGGCACAGGGGACUUCAUGAACUUGAAAUUGGCUCACAACUAAAUUUCAAACCAUUAGGGGGUGCGGGGGUGCAAGGAGGCUGUGACCCCCAGAUUCAUACAGACAGACACAGCAGCCCCUCUGCUCUCACACUAAAAGGGACCCUUCGGGAUAAGAUUCCGCCGAAUACUGAAGCGAAUCCUAAUUUACAUAUGCAAAUGAAGACACAGAAGGGUUAAAAAGAAAACCAUUUUCAGUGUUUAUGUGAUGGAAAGUCACAUGAUUUCAAGGAUUGGGAUGUGGUUCGGCCGGGGCCAUGGGGUCAGCUGAUCUGAAUCCUGCAGAAAUGGGCGAAUCCCAAAGGGAACCCUGGAUUGUGUGCGCCAGUUCCUUUGCUACUGUGUUUGUCAAAUAAACUUACACUGUGUAAAUAA